AUGACAAUCACCCCCCGCCUCGCCAACAAAAUCGCCAUUGUAACAGGCUCCUCCUCCGGCCUGGGCCGCGCCAUCUCCCUCCGGUACGCCCGCGAAGGCGCAAAGCUCAUCUGCGCAGACCUCACCCCGACCGCCCGCGCACAGGUCCCCUCCGAGACCUCAAUCGCGACGCAUGACCUCAUCGUGCAGGGUGGCGGGGAAGCCGUCUUCGUGAAGACGGACGUCGGGGAUGCGGGGGAUAUGGAGCGGGUGGUGCAGACGGCGGUGGAUGUGUUUGGGCGGUUGGAUAUCCUCGUCAACAACGCCGGCGUCGCACUCGAAGCAAGAACUCCCGCCGUGUGCCACUUGACCGAGGAGGAGGUGUGGGAUACCACGAUGCGCGUGAACAGCAAGUCGGUCUUCCUGGGGUGCAAGUACGCGACGGCCCAGAUGUUGAAGCAGGAGCCGCAUCAGCCCUCCGGGGAUCGCGGGUGGAUCAUCAAUAUGUCGUCGAUUAUGGGGAUUGUGGCGGGGUUGGAGAAUGUUUCCUACUGUGCGUCGAAAGGCGCAGUGAGCAAUCUCACGAAACAGGUGGCGCUGGACUAUGCGCCCCACAGGAUUCAUGUUAAUGCUCUUUGUCCGGGUUAUACUCAGACGGCUAUCUUUCAAGAGACAACGGCCUACAUAACCCCUCUCGAGGAUCUGCAGCAGCGGCAUCCGUUCAAGGGGCCCGGGAUGCCGGAUGAUAUUGCUCGGAUGGCGGUGGUGUUGGCUAGUGAGGACGCCACUUGGGUGACUGGAAUUCUUUUGCCGGUGGAUGGAGGUUAUACUGCGCGGUAG